UAGGCGGAUACCAGCCAAGUCGCAGGAACAAACAUCUGUCAUUGAUUGGAUACGGACAAAAACAACAACACACUGACUUUCAAUCCGCAUCCUAAAAUAGCUAUGGGGUUGGUUUAAAAAGAACAACCUAGCGUACCGCAAUAACUCGCAGUUUUAUCCUAAUGAGGGAGCUCCGUCCUGGCUGAGUUUGGGAGAUGGGAGUACUUAACAUUGCAGACCAGCCUCCUCUGGUACAGGCUAUCUUCAAUAGGAAUGCGGAUGAAGUUCAAUCCCUAUUGCACAAAAAAGAGGAUGUCAAUGCACUGGACCAAGAGCGGCGUACGCCGCUUCAUGCUGCUGCCUGUAUGGGUGAUGUUCAUAUAAUGGACGUCCUCAUCGAAUCAGGUGCCAGUGUUAACGCAAAGGACCAUAUCUGGUUGACUCCAUUGCACAGGGCAGCUGCCUCCCGGAAUGAAAGGGCAGUGGGGCUACUGCUGCGACGGGGAGCCGAUGCAAAUGCUCGAGACAAGUUCUGGCAGACACCUCUGCACGUGGCAGCUGCCAACCGUGCCACACGCUGCGCAGAAACUCUCUUACCCCAGUUGAGCAACCUGGACAUGGCAGAUCGCACUGGCAGAACUGCCCUGCAUCAUGCUGCCCAGAGCGGGUUCCAGGAGAUGGUGAAGUUGCUGCUGAAUAAAGGGGCCAAUCUGAGUGCCAUUGAUAAGAAGGAGAGGCAGCCUAUCCACUGGGCGGCCUACUUGGGGCAUCUAGAGGUGUUGAAACUGCUGGUGUCACGUAGUGCAGACAAGAGUUGUAAGGACAAGCAAGGCUACAGUCCCCUCCACGCGGCUGCUGCCAGUGGUCACAUUGACAUCGUUAAGUACCUGCUGAGGCUUGGAGUAGAGAUCGAUGAGCCAAAUGCCUUUGGGAACACAGCGCUCCAUGUGGCGUGUUACACUGGUCAGGAGGCUGUGGCCAAUGAGCUGGUGAACCAUGGUGCCAAUGUGAACCAGCCCAACAGAAAUGGAUACACCCCUCUGCACCUGGCUGCCGUGUCCACCAAUGGGGCGCUCUGCCUGGAACUGCUGGUCAACAACGGGGCUGAUGUCAACAUGCAGAGCAGAGAGGGAAAGAGCCCUCUGCACAUGGCCGCCAUUCACGGACGCUUCACCCGCUCGCAGAUUCUCAUCCAAAACGGUGGGGAAAUUGACUGUGUGGAUAAGUAUGGCAAUACCCCCCUCCAUGUUGCUGCUAAGUAUGGCCAUGAGCUGCUGAUUAGCACUUUGAUGACCAAUGGGGCAGACACGGCCAGGCGUGGGAUCCAUGGGAUGUUCCCCUUGCACUUAGCUGUGCUCUACGGGUUUUCAGACUGUUGUCGCAAGUUGCUCUCCUCAGGUCAGCUGUAUAGUAUUGUUUCAUCCAUGAGUAAGGAGCAUGUCCUAUCAGCUGGGUUUGACAUAAACACGCCUGACAACUUGGGACGAACCUGUCUCCACGCUGCUGCCUCUGGAGGAAAUGUUGAAUGUUUGAACUUGCUCUUAAGUAGUGGUACCGACUUGAAUAAGAGGGACAAAAUGGGAAGAACCCCAUUGCACUAUGCGGCUGCCAAUGGGAGGUACCAGUGCACUGUGACCCUGGUGAGCGCUGGCGCUGAGGUCAACGAGCCUGACCGGACAGGCUGCACCCCCCUGCACUACUCUGCUGCCUCCCAGGCUUUCAGCAGAGUGGACAGACAUUUUUCUGGAAGCCAUCAAAAUGAAGAGGAUGGGACAAAGGAGUCUUACUUUUGUUUGGAGCAUUUGCUGGACAAUGGUGCAGACCCUUCCAUGGUCAACUCUAAAGGCUACAGUGCUGUUCACUAUGCAGCUUUCCAUGGCAACAAGCAGAACCUGGAACUGCUCCUGGAGAUGUCCUUUAAUGCACUGGGAGACAUAGAGAGCAGUAUCCCAGUGAGUCCGUUGCAUCUAGCUGCUGACCGGGGCCACUGGCAGGCGCUGCGUGUUCUGACGGAGACUGCGGCCUACGUGGAUGUGCAGGAUGGGGCGGGCCGCUCUGUGCUGUACCUAGCUGCCCAGAGAGGCUACGUCCGCUGUGUAGAGGUCCUGCUCGUCCAGGGGGCUUCAUGCCUCCUCAACGACAACAAACGCAUGUGGACCCCUCUGCAUGUUGCAGCUGCCAAUGGUCAUGCAGACUGCCUGCUGAUGAUGAUUGAAAAUGGGGAGGAGGCUGAUCUGACCAAUGUCAUGGACACACAGGGGCAGACCCCUCUGAUGCUGGCUGUGCUGGGAGGCCACGCUGACUGCGUCCAACUGCUGCUGGAGAAGGGGGCCUGGCCCGACGCCAGGGACAAGCGGGGCAGCACAGCCCUGCACAGAGGAGCCGUGUUGGGUCGUGAAGACUGUGUGACAGCCCUACUGGACCAUAAGGCGUCUGUGCUGUGUCGGGACGCCCAGGGCCGCACGCCACUGCAUUACGCAGCAUCCCAUGGCUACACGGACAUACUCAGUGGUCUGCUGCAGGCUGCCAUGACCUCUGACCCCCUGGACUCUCUGCUGGACCACCAUGAGUACACACCAUUACACUGGGCUGCGUUCAGAGGGCAUGAAGACUGUUUGGAAGUUUUACUUGAGCAUAAAUCCAGCACUCACAAUGAGGGAAAUUCUUUCACCCCACUGCACUGUGCUCUUAUGAACGGCCACAGUGGUGCUGCAGAGAUGCUGUUAGAAUCUGCUGGCGUUCACAUGAUCAACACCAGAGAUUCUAAAGGAAGGACUCCGCUCCAUGCUGCCGCGUUUGCCGAGGAUGUGGCGGGGCUACAGCUGGUUCUUCGCCACGGAGCAGAGAUCAACGCCGUGGACCAAAGUGGUCGCUCCGCUCUGAUGGUUGCCUCUGACAAGGGACAGAGUGGCACUGUGGCGAUCCUCUUGCACAGAGCCAAGGCUGACCUGACACUGCUGGAUGACAACAGGAACACUGCCCUGCACCUGGCCUGCAGCAAGGCUCAUGAGAUGUGUGCCUUGCUGAUCCUGGGGGAGAUCCACAACCCCACUCUCAUAAACGCCACCAACAGUGCACUGCAAAUGCCCCUCCACCUAGCAGCUCGUAACGGCCUGGCCACAGUGGUGCAGGCUCUGCUGAGCCGAGGAGCCACAGUGCUGGCUGUGGAUGAGGAGGGACACACCCCAGCCCUGGCUUGUGCCCCCAACAAAGACGUGGCUGACUGCCUGGCUCUCAUCCUCUCCACCAUGAAGCCUUUCCCCCCACGGGACCCUUCUUCCUGCCCCUGCUCCUCUUCCUCCGUCUCCUCGUCCCCUGGUCUCAACUUGCUGAAGCACUGCGGCAUCACCGCUGCCUGCGCACCCCUGCCUAACGGCGGCCUUCACCACGGUUACGUCAAAGACCUCCACGGCACCACGGUGGGCCUGGAUGGGUGUCUGUCUGAAUGAGGCUGAUCCUCAGUCAGUUGUCGUACCAACACCACCACCAAGGGGAGACUCCCUAUAAAACAGGAGUGUGUCCCUGCACCCAUCCACACCCGUGUGUGCAUGUGUGUGUGUGCGUAUGUGUGUGAUAGAGAGACUGUGUAGACUUGGUUUGAGGUGCAGUCAAACUUAUAUGCAAUUAGAUUCCAAACCUCCACCUCCCUGCAGUGCUGGGUACUGAUGGAGACUGAGCUCUCUAGAAGGUCACCAUUCGUCCAAAAUGGACACUAGCAAUCCGGACAUUCUAAAUCAUUAAUCCCUUUAAUUAAAGUCAGCACAAAUUUAUAUCUGACACCUGAAAUUAAAGAGAACUGUGUGUGCACAUAGAUCUCUCUUCUUUCUCCAUAUCAUUCAGUAUUUGACAUCAUAUCAUUGACUAGUACACCUUGUGGUGGCCUUGUAGAGUAAUGCACAGCCUUCCCAAAUGAAAGAUUAAACAGGUGGUGGUAGCAAAGCAUCAUUUAUGAAGGAACCAUACAAGGGAAACAUCCAAGUCUUGUUUAAGAGUGCACUGCUAGUGUACAAAUACAAUCUUUUUUUUUUUUUUUUUUUUAUGGUUGCAAGAUGUACUUCUGUAGUAUACUUUAAAAUUAAGACCUAAAAUUAUUUGGCAUAAAUUCUCCUUCAGAGAAUUUUGUAAAACUGCGUUGAGAAAUAUAUCAGCACGCCUCUUUACAAAAGAGAGCCCUGUUUGGGUUUGCAUCAGUUUGUUCCAAAUGCUGACAUUAUUGUUUAAAAAGCAAAUACGUUUUGUUUAAGCUAGGAUGUUGCUAGGCAUAUAAGUUAUUACCAAAGUUAAUCAACACUACUAUGGCUGAAAAUUAUUUAUUAGAGAUGUACUGAGUCAGAAAAUAGAUCUUGAUAUAGGCUACCUCUUAAACUCAUUUAGCAGCUGCUUUUACCUUCAUCCGGGACCUAGAACCCCCUCUCUCUCUCUCUCUCUCUCUCUCUCUCUCUCUCUCUCUCUCUCUCUCUCUCUCU